CAGAAAGACAUGGCCUGGAAACGGACACCUCUUCUGCUGCUUCUGACCUGGGUGGCCACCACAUGCCAUGCGCUAGGCAGGACUGAUGUGCUCAAUGUCUGUAUGGAUGCCAAACACCACAAGACAAAGCCAGGUCCUGAGGACAGGCUGCAUGGCCAGUGCAGUCCCUGGAGGAAGAAUGCCUGCUGCACGGUCAGCACCAGCCAGGAGCUGCACAGCGACACCUCCCGCCUGUAUAACUUUAACUGGGACCACUGUGGCAAGAUGGAGCCGGCCUGCAAGCACCACUUCAUCCAGGACACCUGUCUCUAUGAGUGCUCGCCCAACCUGGGGCCCUGGAUCCAGCAGGUGGAUCAGAGCUGGAGAAAAGAACGUUUCCUGAAUGUGCCCUUAUGCAAAGAGGACUGUCAGCGCUGGUGGGAAGACUGCCGCACCUCCUAUACUUGCAAGAGCAAUUGGCACAAGGGCUGGGACUGGACCUCAGGAGUUAACAAGUGCCCCCCUGGGGCUGCCUGCCACACAUUUGAGUUCUACUUCCCCACGCCUGCCGCCCUUUGCGAGGGCCUCUGGAGUAAUUCCUACAAGGUCAGCAACUACAGCAAAGGAAGUGGCCGCUGCAUCCAGAUGUGGUUUGACCCAGCCCAGGGCAACCCCAACGAGGAGGUGGUGAAGUUCUAUGCUGGGGCCAUAAACACUGGGGCUAGGGCCCAUGGGACUGGGCUUCUGUUUGGCCUGGCUCUCAUGCUACAACUCUGGCUCCAUGGCUGAGUCCAGUCCUCCCCAGGCCUCCCCUCUGCCUGCCCCCAGCUUGGAGUCAGCUCAGCUCCCACAAACAAGGGAGCCCAGAAAACCACCACCCAUUACCUGUUCCUCUAUCA